CGCGCCUCAAGGGGUCGCGAUCGAUCGCCCGGUCGAGAUGGACGACGCGUACGGCGUGGACGAAGGGUGACGGACGCCUUCCCACGUCCCCUCCCUCCCCCCCCCCGGCUCCCAUUCCUCUCCGCCGCCGCCGCCGCCGGGCCCCGCCGCUCCGCCUAUGCCCCCAGGCCCAUGUCCGGCAAACAGGAGCCAGCCGCCACCAGCAGAGGAGACGCCGUGAAAUACGGAGAGCUCAUCGUCCUGGGGUACAAUGGCUCGCUGCCGGAUGGAGACCGGGGCAGGCGUAAGAGCCGCUUUGCGCUCCACCGCCGAGCCAAAGCCAACGGCGUGCAGCCCAGCAGCUCGCACAUCACCACGGCAAUGCAGGAGUGCAAGGUUGGCUAAGUGGCACUCGCCUUGCACGAGGGGGGCCCGGACCGAGAGGCGGCACCCCCAAAACUCGCUCGACCCCACAGAGCCGGUCGGCCUGUGAACCCCCCUGGCCUAUGGGGCCGUGGAAGGCCGUGUCGAGCAAGGAGCAGCACAGCAUCUCCUACGGCCUCUCGCGGAGCCACGUGGUGGUGGUGGAGUACGUCCACGACCUGGACCAGGACAUGUUCUUGGUGGGUCGCUCCGGCGAGGCUCCCGUCGACUUCGUGGUGAUGGACACGGCGCCGUGGAAGCCACCGGGCGGCGGCGGCGGGGACGGCGGCGGCGGCGGCAGCAGCACCGGCAGCGGCGGCAGCCCGACGGCGCAGAGCACCAUCUCGCGCUUCGCGUGCCGCAUCCUGUGCGAGCGCUCGCCGCCGCACCGCGCCCGCGUCUACGCCGCCGGCUUCGACUCCUCCAACAACAUCUUCCUCGGGGAGCGUGCAACUAAGUGGCGCGACGCGGACGGCUCCAUGGACGGCCUCACGACGAACGGCGUGCUGGUGAUGCACCCGCGCGGCGGCGGCGGCGGCGGCGGCGGCGGCGAGCUGUCCGAGCUGGUGCAGCCCGGAGUGUGGCGUGAGGUGUCGGUGGGCGGCAAGGUGUACACGCUGCGCGAGACGCGCUCCGCACAGCACCGCGGAUGCCUGGUGGAGACCGAGAGCAACGAGCUGCAGGACGGCUCCCUCGUCGACCUGUGCGGCGCCACGCUGCUGUGGCGCACGGCCGAGGGCCUUCGCCGCUCGCCCACCGUGCGGCACAUCGAGCUCCUGCGCCAGGAGCUGAACGCCGCUCGGCCGCAGUGCCCCGUGGGGCUCAACACCCUCGCCUUCCCCAGCGCCGCCCAGCAGCAGUGGCGCGGCGGCGGCGGCGGCGGCGGCGCGGGGGGAGGGGGCGGCCGUCACGUCGCCCGGCCCGACGCUCGACAGCCCUGGGCCUACCUGACGUGCGGCCACGUGCACGGCCGCCACGAUUGGGGCCUACGCGAGGAAGCCGCCGCCGCGGGAGCGGGGGGGACGGGGGGGACGGGGGCCGCGUGGCAGCGGCAGCAGCAGGAGCAACGACGCGAGUGCCCCGUGUGCCGCUCGCUGGGGCCCUACGUGGCCCUGUCGCUGGGCUGCGAGGCCGGCUUCUACGUGGACGGGGAGGCCCCGACGCACGCCCUCACGCCGUGCGGCCACGUGUGCUCGGAGCGCACGGCGCGCUACUGGGCGGCUGUGCCGCUACCCCACGGCACGCACGCCUUCCACGCCACGUGCCCCUUCUGCGCCGCGCAGCUCACGGGCGAGCAGGGCUUCGUGCGCCUCAUCUUCCAAGGCCCCGUCGACUGAGAAGGCCGUCCGCCGGCGGUCGCCCCGAAUGUGCGCGCGGUCGCUCGCCCGUCUCGUCCCCCCGUGGCUCCCCGUGCAGAGUCGUCGCUCUGUUGCCCGGUCGCCCAGUUGCCCAGUAAACCGGUCGCCCGGUCAACCGGUCGCCCGGUCAACCGGUCGUCCGGUCGCCCGGUUGCCCGGUCAGCCGGUUGCCCGGUCGCUCUGUCGCCCGAUCGCUCGCUCGCUCGCUACGCUCCUGCCCUCUACUGCCCCGCAACACCACCGGGGGCUCUUGGGGCAGUCGAGGGGCUGUGCGCAACGAACGACUGGGGUCCCUCCACUUGCCCUCAACCCCUCCCCCCGCCCCGGCCAGUGUUCAUUGAGUUGACACUCCAGUCCUCUUUAGUCUUGAGGGCUCAGGCUAUUUGACAACAACCUGUGUGGAUUUCCGGCGAAGCGGUCAGGAGCGUCCUUUUAUUUAGCCAGGGGAUGAAUAUUCACAGGCUUCGUCGAGACACGUGGGAGCAUUUGCCGACCUGCGAACGAAAUGCACGGACGAAGACUUAACAAAAUACAAAUGCGGUGGAGUUUGAAUCUGACGAGCGAGCAGUGGGAUGGUGGCGGGAGAUUGUCGAGGUCGGACCUUGGAGGUUAUCGGGUAGCGUGUCUGGCAGAAGGGGGGACGGAAAGCUUUUGGCCGCGGUGGCGAUCUUAUCCUCCGAGAUAACAAAAAAAAUCUAAAAGAGAUAAUAAAAAUCACACAGGUUGUGCAUGGAAUAGCCUAACGGGGCUCGGAAGUGCCGACUGCAUCAACACUGCCACUGGCUGACCCCCCCCCCCCCACCAACCCCAGACCCCCCCCGGUCGUCCGCGCAUGAACCGCACCACAGCGUCACGGGGGGGGGGGGGGGGGGGUUGCGAUGGUGUUCGACCAGGGGGUGUGUGGGGGGGGGUCGUGAGGAUCGCGACGGAGGAGGAGGGGGAAGGACGACGUCCCCCGAACGUGGCGUUGUGAAAACUUGUCGCCCGCGGGGUGUGGUGUGUGUGGUUAUUUUUUUACAUUUCGGAGCCGUAAAGGGCACGGCGCUGUUUCAUUUUGGAUGCAAAUUGAGUUCGUUUUUUUUUGUAUUGGUAUUUAAGAAAUUGUUGUUUUCAAGGCUGCACAGUUGAUUUUGUACAAUUUCCCACCUAUUUAUAAAUUGCAAUGCAAGGAUUUA